AGCCUCACAUCUCCGAUAGUUAAUCGACAGCUAUCGGCAAACAGCAAUCGCGGCGACAGACGGGUCGCCGCCGCUCCUUUGUAGACGUCGCCGUUUUCGAGAUAUGACUGAAUUCUUCACACAUAAACAAAUCGAUGAAAUCCGUGAAUGUUUCAAUAUGUACAGCCAAGAUGGGAUUGUACAUUCCGUGCCACAAUUGCGAUGUAUCCUGAGGAGCCUUGGCUAUUCACCAACUGCAGCAAAAACUAAUGAAUAUUUCAAGAAAGCAAAAAAGCCUAUGGACUUCGCAACAUUUCUUGAAAUUGCCAAGGAGGAGCACAACAGUGGCGAUGAACUUACGGAGAUAAUAAAGGCAUUACGAGGUCUAGACAGAGACAAUAAACGAUCCAUACCGGCAAAGGAAUUGCGAGCAAUUUUGUCAUCGAUUGGAGAGCGAAUGAGUCAUCAGGAGAUUGAUAACCUCUUGAGUCAGGUCGCUGUCGGAGGUGUCGUGCCGCAUCAGAAGCUCAUUGAAUACAUUUCGAAAUAAUGCCAACAAAUCGACACUGCACUAAAUCUGUAUAUUUAUUUUUACAAUUCAGCUGAAUAUAUCUGUGAAAUAAAAUAUCACGAUAA